UCGAUGCUGCGGAGAAAAAUGAAAGGAAGCGGAGAGGGGAGCGCUAUUUAUAGGGAGAGAUAAGCGCUGGGAUCAAGGCGUAAUCAUUACGCCUAGUAAGGCCUAAAUGGGCCAAAACCCUAUUGGCGCGUAACCGAAAGACGCGCCGGUUCAUUUUCUCGAUCAGUUCGUCUCAUGAUCGCGUCGGUUCGAUUCCUCAGCAGCAAUCGCAACUAUUUACCUCGAGAUAACAUCAAGCCACUUGAUCGGAUUGAUCCUUUUGUCCUCCGAACUAAAGAUACCAAAUUCAUCGAGGAUCAACUACUCGAUCCAUCGACAAACUGGGGGGGGACUUACUGUUGGGGAUGGAUUGAACCCAUCCACAAAGCCCAUCGAACAAAAGGUCCAAUCCGGUAAGCCGGAUUGUCGUCGGCUUGGAAGCCGAUAUUCGAGGUUUCGACUCAGCUAAGGACUGCUUUUAGUCGAAAUGGGGUGCGGACAGAGCGCGAUCGACUUAGCUGUUCAGGGCGAGCAUUCACCAAUCAGGCCCGAAGGGCCGACAAGGCCCAAUCGAUUAAAAGAAAAUUAGGUUAAGAUGAUCGCGAACAGACUAUAAAAGGAGAGGAAAGCAAAGGAGAAAAGGGAUCGACACUUAGUUACACAAACUUAGCGGCGAGAUUAGGAUUUAUUGUCCGUACAAUCACUUCUCCGCUAUUUGUACUUUUCCGGUUUAAGCUCUCACGAGCUCCGGCUUGCCAUUACUUUCUCCACCUCUGUAACCUCAUCUCGAAAUCUAAUAAACGCCUCUGUUCGACCCAUUUUUAGUAUUGUUUACUUCUUUCUUCUGAGACCAAACUCACCUUAAACAAUAGUGAUAGUGGUUACUAGAGAAUUGUUUUGUCAAGAUUCUCUUGCUAUAAUGGUGAACCGGUAAUUUUCUUUCUCUUUUCAAAAAGCGAAGCUUUUGGAUAUUGUCUUAAUCUGCCUCUCUUUACGGGUGGUUCCAAAAAAGUCACAUUUGUCUGUACAUUUUCAUGGCAGUUUAUAUCAAUUGAGAAGAGACUACUGACUCAUAAGGAUUCGCAUUGCAACGUAAUGCCAAAAGUUUGAUCUUUUGUAAUGAAACUUGAUAGAUUCUUUGUUACCAAGUGUACUUUAGAUAUGAGCUCUGUUAUUGUGCAGUCUUCAGAAGAUAUGAAGAAAGAGAUUGCUUCACUUGAGUUUGAGAUUCUGCGUAUAGAACAGUAUCUUCUCUCUCUUUACAUGACAUCUUCUGAUGAACAAGUUACUUCAUUCUUUCCACACACUGAAACAAGCUUAGUCUCACAAUCAGACCUUACUGGUGUGCUCAGCUACCAUUAUCAAGCAUCUCCUGUGUCUGAAUGUUCCUCUUCAUGUCCUUGGAGUUUCCAAGCCAGCUUAAAAGCCUUUUCUACAAAAGAGAAUACAAGAUAUGUUUAUGGUCAUCACACUACCCUUGGAGAUCUUCUAGGCUCAUCUCACAUCGUAGAUGACAUGGAAAACCCGAGUAGGUUCUCUGAAUAAAUCUUGAGAUGCAUAUCUUCAAUGUAUGUCACACUCUCCGGCAGAGCAAGAACCAGUUCUUAUCUUCAGGCUUCAGCUUCAUCCAAAACCAGAUUUGAUAGAUGGAACCCAUGCCUUGGGGAUAGCAAAGAAGCAAACGCUCCACGUGAUGUUGUAAUAGAGUCCCUGAAACUUCACCUGGAUGAUAGUUGUUUCAAUAUUUAUGAACUCUUAUAAAUAAUUUAUAAGUCUUUAAUUUUUAUAGCUACUUUUUAAAUCUUUAUAAAAUAAGUUAUAA